CCGGCUGUAUUUUCAUGUAACACCUGGUAGCAGAAACCUGAUUCCGUCCAGUAGCAGACAUCGUGGUAAGGAGAGGGUUAAGGGAGAGUGAAGGCGUCUUAUUUCAGCUCUGACAUGACAUUAAUUUAUCCGGAAGUUAUAUAAAGUGUAGUAGAUAUGAUGCGGUUUAUUUAAGCUCGGGCAAAGAGCUAACAGAGUUAUAUUUAGCUAACUAAGCUAACCAGCGGUUCCCACAGUGCGUCUGUUAAAUCGGUCCUCGCCCUCUCAGCUGUCACAUCACGGAGACGAAGUGGACGGACAGGAAACAUGACGAGUUUUGCGAGCAAAGUGUUUUUUAAAGUCGACAGGGUGUGUCGCCACCUCCCCGUGGUCCUCAACACCUUCCUGGUCUUCUCCAUCACCGGCGAGGUGAGCUACCUGGUGCUGGUCGAGGCUCCGCUGGAGGCGGACCAGAAGAAGACGGUGUGGUCCAGCUGGUGGAAGGCGGUCCACCUGCUGGCCCAGUACUUCAUGCUGGGGAACAUCUGCUGGAACUCCCUGCUGUUCCUCAGGACCAACCCCAGCAUCAAGGGGGUGUUCCUGGGGGGAGAGGGCAUGGGUCAGGGCUGGAGGUUCUGCUAUACAUGCGAGACACACACUCCUCCUCGCUGCUCCCAUUGCUACGACUGCAAAGUGUGUGUGCUGCGGCGGGAUCACCACUGCGUCUUUUUUGGCCAGUGCGUGGGCUUCCGUAACUACCGCUACUUCCUGAGCUGCUUGUUAUUUAUGUGGUCGGGGCUGCUGUACGCCACUCUGAUGAACGCAGAGGUCUUCAUCGUCAUACUGAAGGAGGGUGUGACCAUGCACAGCGUCCUGCUGCUGCUCAUACCCUGGAUCAUGCUGGUUUCAGGCCAGGUCUCAGCACGUGCCUUUGCCUUCGCCUUCAUCGCCGACACAUGCGUGGUGGGCUUCCUGCUGGUCUCCGCCUUCUUCUUCUUCCAUCUCUUCCUGAUGUUUCGGGGACAGACCACCAGGGAGUGGUACUCGACCCGCCGACCCUACAGCCUGGGGCUCCUGGGUAACCUGCGUCACUCUCUGGGCAUUCGCUGGUACAUCUGCUGGCUCUGCCCGCUCAUCUCAUCACCUCUGCCCGGAGACGGGAUAACGUUCCAGGUCACAGGGUCGCUGGAGCCUACCCGGUAACAGCUAAGAGUCUGAAUGUUAACAGACUGUGUGUCUUUGCUUUAGUGGUGAUGGUUAAUGUAAUCAGGAGCAGCAGAAACAGGGAAGAUCGCCUCAGUUCACGAAGAGGUAGCUUGUGAUGGGAAGAAGUGUGUGGUUGUUUAAGGUGUCGCUGGGUAUAAAUGUUUACCAGUAUCUUCUCUGUAGCCUUCACCUGUGCUGAGACAAAGAAAUUAUGAGUCUACUCUGAGAGACCUCGACCUUGAAGUAACGCUUAUUGAGGCUGGCCUCAGGAUAUUAACACGGAAAUUAGCAGAGUUCUUCUGGAAUACUGAGCACUGAAAAUCUAUGUAAAACAGCACUGAAAUGAGAAUGUAUUUUAUUGAUCCUGACAGAAAUUAUAAUUUGAAGUCUUCAUAAACAAGCAGUCGCAGCUACUGAUCCAGACUCCUGGGUAGUCGCCCUCUAGGGUAUACUACUUAAAUGGGAAUUUCUAGAAGUGUUUAUUUUGCCUAAAUCUGAACGUUGUACAAAUUUGGCUGGCACUGUUCCGGAAUAGUCCAUAGGAUUAUAAAUCUGCUGUUGUGCACUGGCUGCUAGCAUCAUGACGUGCUUUUGCUCUCCACCUGUCUGCAUCCACUCCUGAGCUCUAGCUGAGUUAACUACUGCUGCACUUGUUGCACCAAAUGAGACACUGAGUACGUUUACAUGGACAUAAAUAUGCCGUUUAUGAGGCUUAUCCCAGUUAUGAUCAUAGUCAGGGUAUGGUGCUUACAAGAGCACAGAGAAAUUGGGUCAUUCAUAUUCCCCAUAUACGUAAAGAAUCAUAAUAACCCGGACGCUGAUUAUUGCAGUAUAUUUGCACGGGCACUGGGUCGUUUACAAAAACAAACUGGCAAUGGAAGAUGAGAGCAACUGGAAAUGUUUGAUACUACACUGUAAAUUUACCACUUCACUGCUUAUAAACUACGGGUGGGACCCACAAUACGAUAUUAUCACGAUACUUAGGUCACGAUACGAUAUUAUUGCGAUAUGCUGAGUAUUGCGAUACAAUAUAUUGUGAUUUAAGUCCAGAUGUUUGAUUUAAACACCAACGGCGCACUUCUGAUUUAUUUCUCCGGUGCUUCCAUCUUCGUUUUUUCCUGUCAAAUGCCGCUGAUUGAGACCAAUGCUGACCUCAAAAAAAAAAAAAACCCACCAGCAACAUCUUGUAGCCCGAAAAAGCAAUUGAUUUUAUUAUUCUAGCACCAAAAUUUGUUUAAAAAAAUAUAUAUAUAUGUAUAGGCGGGCGGCAUGGUGGUGCAUUGAUUAGCAUUGUUGCCUCACAGUAAGAGGGUUCCUGGUUCGAACCCAGGGUGGGGGAGCCCUUCCGUGAGAGAGAGAGUUUGCAUGUUCACCCUGUGUCAGCGUGGGUUUUCUCCGGGUACUCCGGCUUCCUCCCACAGUCCAAAGACAUGCAGGUUAAUUGGUGACUCUAAAUUGCCCGUAGGUGUGAAUGUGAGUGUGAAUGGUUGCCUGUCUCUAUGUGUCAGCCCUGUGAUAGUCUGGUGACCUGUCCAGGGUGUAGCCCGCCUCUCACCCAGUGUCAGCUGGGAUAGGCUCCAGCACCCGUAAGACCUCUAACACGAUAAGCAGUCAUGGAAAAAUGAAAUGAAUGAUAAUAAUGUAUAUAAUAAAAGAUCAACACUUAAGUUUCCGUGUAUUGAUAGAAUAUUGCCAUGCAAAAUAUAUGCUGCAUGGAUUUCUUUCCCCCACCCCUACCAACUGCACUGACCUUCACUUUUUCUCUGUCUCAACCACACACUAACUUAAAGUAGCUAGUCACCUAAUGUUACUCCUUAAAGCAGCUUAACACUUGAAUGAAAAUAUUAUCAAAAUUGCAAUAUGACCAAGUGCAAUAUCCAAAUCCUAGGAGCUGCAAUUUUUCUCUGUCACUACCAUUAAAAGCAACAUGUUGGUACAAAGAUGCCUCGGACUACAAAUCAUACUCCAGACAUCAGGGAACAUUUCAUUCAAAAUGACCAUUUCAACUAAUGUCGUGACUUAUAUCACAAUCGCAAUAUGUGUCAAAAUAAGUGUAAUAUGAUUUGUUUGUAUAUAUUGUGCAGCCCUAGUUAUUACCACUUCGUAUAGGACAGGGGUUCAGUGGAUGCCACCAUUGUCUGUAUUUCUGUUAUGCCACUUGGUUGAAGUGACACCUGUGCAGGAAGUUGGCGCCUCUUCAUAACUGGGAUAAGGUGUAUACAUGCAACAGCAUCCUGAUUUCUUUUGGAGAACUCCACGUAGCAUAAUCGGGUGUCUGAAAACAGGAUGUGGUGUGUACAUGCUCAAACACAUAAAAGGUAUACACCAAAAACACGACCAUAAACAAGUUAUUCAUGUCCAUGUAAACACACUCAAUGAGAAUGCGAAGGGUUCAGCGUGUGUGUAUGAAGACAACUGAUAGAGACUGUACAUGUGAUAUCCAGUGUUCCAUUUGCAGCCUAAUGUGAAGUCAUUUAGUGACUACAGUGUUUUAAAUCUACCUAUGGACGUCAUGUGAACAGUCUCUGCCCAUGUUUCACAUCACGUUGUCCACGUUUCAGUCAGUCAGGGAACACAGACCGACAGUGUAACAGCAUGAGGUGUACUGACUCACGCAGCAGCUGUGUCCCCACUCCCUACUACACUCUAACCGUACACAGUGUACACUGUAAAUAACCUUCAAAGCAUCCUGUUUUUGCAGCGAGUACACAGGAAGUCACCACACAUUGCUGUUUUAUACAAUAUGUUUGAUACAAUACACUGACAGUGUUUUUCCAACAAAAAAAAAAAUAAAUAUAUAUAUCUAUUUCUUUGUUUCCCGAGGUGCUGCUGUAGCUGUUUCACUUGACUGUUUAGAGUAUGUCGAACACACACAUGCUCAAAUCCUGCUUUGGUUUAGUCUGUAGUACAGAUUGAGGACACAGCCAACAUGUCUCACAUGCCAACUGGACAUCUAUUACCUCAGUACAAUCGUUUUGUUUCUCCUCUCUUUUGCACUUUUGCUUUUGUAUUUUUUUUUUAUCCUCCGAGCCUUAAAACACAGUGCAACAUUACAAGCAGUUGUUUCGACAGGUGCUCUUAUUUGACCGACACUAAAUUUACAUUACAGCCAAAAAUAUUGUUUGUAAAUAUUGUUAAUUGUUUGCUGAAUAUAUACAGUAUGUCUGCCUCUUUCUUUUUUGUGCUGUUUCAUAUGAGUCGCACCAUUUGAUGUUCAGUUUUGCCAUUUGACAGUGUUUGAAUAAAUUGUUUCAAGGGAAGUUCAUGUCCGUUGAACAUUUUUUCAA